GUCCUAGGCUCGAUUGUAAGGCAGCUAGGUCACCUUUGUGACAAGGCUGGACAGUCCCCUCAUAAGUCGCACCCAAGAAGGGGACAUACGGCUUUCUUUUUCUUAUUUGUUCCUUCCCUCACAUUGAAGCCUGCUUUUAUCGGGUGCUUCUUCAGAGCUAAAAAGAGGAGAAAAUGGAAGGAUCAUUGACUUUGAUCAACGCGAAAAUCCAGUUUCUUGAAACCCGAUUGAGCUUGAUUCACAUCCCUCUUCACCUGUACUCCAACUUUCUCCAGCCGAUUCUACAGCUCUUACUGCCCAGCGAGAAUGGCAACGGCGCCCGCUUCAGUCCGUCCGGGGAGCGCAACUCUUUUUCCUGGGCCGCGCAGCACACCUUUGUAAAUAUCUCGGUCACACCUAUCGAAUGCUCGGUUGCGUGCUCAAGAGAGUCGGCGGAGGCGCUCUUCAAACCCGUCCUCGAGAGCCUGGAUGCGUCAAGUCGGAACCAAAUCUCCAUUUCGACAGAAGAUUAUGUCGUCUUUCAGGUUGAUGGUGAGGGACUGGAUGCAGGUCAACGAGUGCUGGAGUUGACUACUCCCUUGGCUUUGGCUGGAAUUUCCAUCUUCUUCAUUACGACCUACUUCUCAGACUACAUUCUCGUUCCCCUCAAAUCCAGAGGCCAUGUCAUCUCCGCGCUCGAAGAACGAGGCUUCGCGUUUGAAAACAGCGUCGACGCAUUCGUGAACCAGUCGCACCACCGCAACAUUUCAGGCUCCGGCGCGGAUUCACCAAACCCACCCUCGACCCCUCCGCCGGCAAACGUCAGCGAAUUGCAAACUCGGACUUUUGCCUUGCUGAAGCGCCGCAACGUUGUUCCGGAGGUAGAUCGGGAUCUUCGACUGGUGCAGUGUGCCGGUCGUGGAGAUUUCUGGUCCAGCGGAGUUGUCGGCGGCGCAUCAAGUAGCGAAGGACGUAACGAAACUCAGCUUCUCCUCGGCUUGAUGAAAUGCCUGGUCCACCGACCACGCUUUUUGAGCUUGACGCUUACAGACACGGACCCCGCGUCCCUUUUGCUUGAGCAGCGCCUGCUCAACGAGUUUGGUUCCGAGGAAGUCCUGCUCGGUAGCAAAGAGGACAUUCUUGUUCCCAUCACCCUCGAUCUCAGAGGCCUGCCUCUCGAGGCAACCGGUAUCGUGUGCGGCGUGGCCUCCAAGCUCGUGGGCAACACGGCGCACCAGCUCGAGGAAGCAAUCGACAUGAGCUACCUGAGUACCACGCGUGCCGGUACCGUCUUUGUCGGCGAGGAACAGCUCGCUCGCGCUCUGGAAGCGCUCAAGGGCCCCGAGAAUGGUUUCAUUGCUGAUUAACACCAACGUUUUUUCUCCGGUACACUUACUUCGCGACUGGUCUAACAAAUUUACUUGACGUACUGCCUGGGGCGUCGCGCCCUUGAUGUAUCUGACGUCCGGCCCCGAAAACUCCUUUCUUUUUCUCAUCAUUGCCGAUGUGGAAUUUUGGAUACUACCCUCCACUUCCUUUCCACUUCCCUUUCCACUUUGAUUUCCAUCUCAUACUAUCUACAAUCUCAUACCCAUCUCCACAAAUCUUUUUCCCGCCUUGAACAUUUUUUGGCUCUAUACCCUC